UUUCCUUUAUUUUCCCCAUCUCUUCUUGCUAGCAACGCCUCCAGUCAGGACGCUUUCGGCGGGUUCCGUUAAAAUGGCUGUUACUGAGAGUGGAAACCCAAAGCAAGAACAAUCGUAGUGGGUACAACUGCAUCCAGUAGUAUCGCUGGUGUCUGAUAAGGAAAAUAAAAGACUGCAACGCAAUGGCUGCCCUAGAUCAAAAGUCCCCCAACGUCCUCCUUCAAAGUCUCUGCUGCAGGAUCACUGGGAAGAGCGAAGCUGAAGUAGCCCACCAGUUCCAGUAUGCUGUGAGAGUCGUCGGGAGUAACUAUGCUCCCACCAUUGAGAGGGAUGAGUUCCUAGUGUCAGAGAAGAUCAAAAAAGAACUGCUGAAGCAGAGGAGAGAGAGUGACGCAGCCCUGUUCUCUGAGCUCCACAGAAAGCUGCAGACUCAGGGGGUGCUGAAACACAGGUGGUCCGUCUUAUACCUGCUGCUCAGUCUCUGUGAGGACCCCAGGAAACCGUCCAGGGUUGGCAGCUAUGGGGCGCUGUUUGCCCAGGCCCUCCCCCGGGACGCCCACUCCACCCCGUUCUACUGCACUCGGCCCGGGAGCCUGCCCCUCAGCUACCCCGAGCGCUCGGGGCCCGGGGGCGUCCAGAUCUCCACCAGCAUGGGCACCAGUGGCAUCAGCAGCCUGGGGGUGUACUCCCUCAACGGGCCCACACCCACCCCUCAGCCCCUGCUGGCCGGACACCCACCCCAGACAGCAGGGCAGCAGCUGGGCUCUCGGCUGGCGUGGGCCCUCCCCAACACCUCCGCCCUGGCACCUACCUCACGGGCCCCGCUCGGCCCCCCACCCCUGUCCACCCGGGCUCCCAGGCCACGCCAUGACGGGGACCUCACUGCGGAGGUUGGUGAGGCUGCGCUGGUCCGAGACAUCCUGUAUGUCUUCCAGGGGAUCGACGGCAAGUUCAUUAAGAUGAGCAACACAGACAACUGCUACAAGAUCGACUCCAAGGUGGUGCUCUGUAAGUCUCUGAGGGACACCAGUAGCCGAUUGGCUGAGCUGGGCUGGCUCCACAACAAGAUCAGGAAGUACACUGACUCGCGCAGUCUGGACCGAGCCUUUGGCCUGGUGGGACAGAGCUUCUGUGCCUCCCUGCAUCAGGAACUGAAGGAAUACUACAGACUUCUGGCAGUGCUGCACUCACAGUUGCAGGUGGAGGAUGACCAGGGAGUGAACCUGGGAGUGGAGUGCAGUCUGACCCUCAGACGUCUCCUAGUCUGGACCUACGACCCUAAAGUCCGCCUCAAAACCCUGGCUGCCCUCGUUGACUUCUGCCAAGGGAGGAAGGGAGGUGAAUUGGCGUCAGCGGUCCAUGCCUAUGGGAAGACAGGGGACCCUCAGAUGAGAGCUCUGGUGCAGCACAUCCUCAGCCUGGUGUCACAUCCCAUCCUCAACUUCCUCUACCGCUGGAUCUACGAUGGAGAGCUGGAGGACACUUACCAUGAGUUCUUUGUGGCGUCUGACCCCACGGUGAAGACAGACAGACUGUGGCACGACAAGUACUCACUGAGGAAGUCCAUGAUACCCACCUUCAUCACCAUGGACCAGGCCCGCAAGGUUCUGCUCAUUGGAAAGUCCAUUAACUUCCUGCAUCAGGUGUGCCAUGACAGAACCUCACCAGGGAAAAUCACCCCGGCCUCCAAGUCUACAGACUCCCCCAAAGAUGCUGCAGAGCUGUUAUCAGACCUGGAGGGUGCGUUCCAGGGGAAGAUAGAUGCAGCCUACUUUGAAACCAGCAAGUACCUGCUGAAUGUCCUCAACCAGAACUAUCUUCUGCUGGAGCACCUGCAGGCCAUGAGACGAUACCUGCUGCUGGGCCAGGGAGACUUCAUACGCCACCUCAUGGACCUGCUAAAACCAGAGCUGGCCCGCCCAGCCACCACUCUGUACCAGCACAACCUGACAGGCAUCCUGGAGACAGCCGUGAGGGCCACCAACGCCCAGUAUGACAACGCUGAGAUCCUCAAGAGACUGGACGUACGCCUGCUGGAGGUGUCUCCCGGGGAUACGGGCUGGGAUGUCUUCAGUUUAGACUACCACGUAGAGGGUCCUAUCGCCACGGUGUUCACGCGGGAGUGCAUGAGCCACUACCUGCGGGUGUUCAACUUCCUGUGGCGUGCCAAGCGUAUGGAGUACAUCCUCACUGACAUCUGGAAGGGACAGAUGUGCAACGCCAAGCUGCUUAAGAGCAUGCCAGAGCUGUCUGGCGUGCUGCACCAGUGCCACAUCCUGGCCAAUGAGAUGGUCCACUUCAUCCACCAGAUGCAGUACUACAUCACCUUCGAGGUGCUAGAGUGUUGUUGGGAUGAGCUGUGGAACAAGGUAGAGAAGGCCCAGGAUCUAGACCACAUCAUUGCUGCCCACGAAGGAUUCUUAGACUCUGUCAUCUCCCGCUGCCUACUGGACACCAACAGCAGGUCCUUGUUGAACCAGCUGAGGGCUAUCUUUGACCAGAUCAUAGAGUUCCAGAGUGCCCAGGACUCUCUGUACCGCUCUGCCCUGGAGGAACUCACCCUGCGGCUGCAGUACGAGGAGCGGAAGAAGCAGAGGGAUUCUGAGGGUGAGUGGGGCGUGACAGCUGAACAGGAGGCAGAGGAGAAGAGGAGGAUCCAAGAGUUCCAGGAGACCAUACCAAAAAUGCGCUCUCAGCUGCGGAUACUAACACACUUCUACCAGGGCAUAGUGCAGCAGUUCCUGGUGCUGAUAAUGACUAGUCCAGACGAGAGCCUGCGCUUCCUCAGCUUCAGACUGGACUUCAACGAGCACUCGGGCCAGAGACCCCCGUCUGAGGGCCUCACUGGGGGCCACCAGGGGCCGACGGCCCUCCAACAUCUGACCUUACGCACACCACUAUGUCACAACAUAGGGACAGAGAGCCACACGGAAUCUGCCUUGAUAGUAUUUAUAUAUGACAUGAAGAUGACAUCAAAGUAGGGCUAGAUGGAAUCUGUUGUGAUGACAUCACAAAAGAGCCAGACAGAAUCUGUUGCGAUGACAUCAUAAUAGAGCCAGGUGGAGAUAAUGCCGCAUUCACAACAACUAGGAACUCUGAAAUCUCCGACUUCAGUGCGUUCAAAACAACUAGGAACUCUGAAAUCUCCGACUUCAGUGCGUUCAAAACAACUGGGAACUCGGUAAAACACAAGCUCCAACUGGGAAAAAUUGUUUUGAACGGUCAUCCAACUCGGAAUUCCAAGUCGGGAACUCGGUCGGGCCUCUUUCCAGAGCUCCGACUUUCCGACCUGAAGAUCACUGACGUCAUGAUUUGACCUAGUUUUUUUCUGAAUUUCCAGUUGUCUUGAAUGAUGUAGUGGUGACUUCACAGAUUCCAUUUGGCCCUGCAUUUUAACACCUCAAGACAAAUAGGGCUAACUCGGAUUAAUUUCACUAUGACAUAAACAAACAGAACAUUUUGAAACCCUGCCUCCUCCCCCAAUGUCAUUGGCAAAUGACUCACACAAACAAACACACACGCUCAAUUCACCAUACACACACACAUCCACGUUUCCCACUCUUUCACAGUCCCCUCUUGGGAGAUGUGGUUUUAGAGCCUGUGGUUUUAGUACUCUGCCUCCAGCAUCCAGCUGUGUUCACCCUCACCUCUUCGAGGUGUCUGAUAGGCUACCAUCACCGUGUGAAUUUCAUAUUGUACAUUUGAUAAUGAACAGAAUGUCUUGAUUUGAUUGGUUUGUUUACAUGUUCUGUGAAUAUUUUGUUUCGUUUUUCUUACUGACGUUUUUCAUACCAGUGUCUUAAAGUCUGCGGUGUGUUUUAUAACUGUUAAUAAACACUGUUAUAGCUGUUUAACAACUGUAUUAUGGAACCAACACAGCAGGCUCCCACCCACCUCUCUAAAGAGAUUCAAGAAUAAUGCCCACAGCCCCUAAGGCUAAAAGACGGACAGACGUUAGGAUUUUAUUCAUGUUUUGUAUUAUUUAACUGGGUUUCUCUUGAUUCUCCUUGCAGACUAUGGCCGCUGUUCUGCAUGUGAAUCUGUCAUGUUGAACCAGCUCAAUUCCUUAAUUGUACAAGACAGAUUUGUCAAACGUGUUGCACCCAAUUUAUGGCACUUUUCUCUCCUGACCACUCAGACAAACCUGGGAAAAUACUUUUGUCAUACUGCGACAUUAAACCUUGAAGAAGCUACAAGUGGAAUGGUGACUGUAUGGUGACAUAACUAGCCUUUCAAAACCCUCCUAUGAUGGAGUAUACUGUAGUAUUCGGGUGCAUCUCAAUAGUCAGAGGUGGCUUCCUCGCCUCCCUUCCCUUUUCACUGAUCUGAAAGCGACAUGGAAGAUGCUUACCAGGACUUGCUUUCAUUCACCUGUCUGCAGAGCAGAUGAAGGAAAGGAGGGAAUGAAGCUAUUGGUUGCGUCCUAAAUGGCACCAUACAUAAUAGGGUGCCAUUUGAGAUGCACCCAGAGUUAGAGAUGCACCCUUUAGUGUUUUAACCCCUCCAAGCAGGCUCCCCUGUCUUUCUUUCCAAUCACAAGUUAUCAUCAGGGCGUGCCAAGAGAAGAUGCUACCGGAAGACCUCUGUAAAUCCUGUCCAUUGUAUAGCACAGAUGUAUAGAAAUGACAUGCCAUGGACACAAACAUCCUGUCAUCUCUUUAAUAAUAAAGUCAAGUUUUUUAA